AUGGAAAGUGGUGGUGAUGCCAGAGCGGCACCUUGGCGGGGCGGCAGAGGCGGCGGCCGUGGCGGGGUUCCAGCGGCUGCCGAGCCCGGCGCUCCCCCGGCCGCGGAGACCGGCGUGAACAUGGAUGGGCCCGGCGGCGGGGGGAGCGGGGUGGCCGCAGACACGGACGCUGCUGCAGCGCCGCCGGCCCCCGCCCCGCUGCCCCGUGGGCCCGGCUCCAGAGACCCCAAGCUGGUCCAUCAGCGGUUCCUGCGGAGGAGCGUGGUGGACUCGGACCAGGAGGAGCCCGCCUUCGACCUGCCCGAGGCGGAGCACCAGCGGAGAAUCAUCCUGCUCCCCAAAACCAGGAGGAUAAUCGCGGAGCGGGCGAAGGCGGGGCAGGGUGCGGCGGAGGCGGCGGGCCGGGAGGCUGAGUGCUCCGGGGAGCCGCGGGCAACGCCGGCCGCGGGCAGCGCCGCGGGCGCCGAGGAGCAGAAGGAGCCAGGCAAGGAUGCGGAGCGGAGAGAGGUGCAGGAUGCUGCCAAGGACCAGGGCAAGGCUAAGAAAGAGGAGCCCGAGGAGGAGGCUGAUAUGAAAGCGGUUGCCACCUCGCCGGAUGGCAGGUUCCUAAAGUUUGAUAUUGAACUCGGUCGGGGAUCCUUCAAAACGGUCUACAAGGGUCUGGACACGGAGACGUGGGUGGAAGUCGCGUGGUGUGAACUGCAGGACAGAAAACUCACAAAAGUAGAGAGGCAGAGAUUUAAAGAGGAAGCAGAAAUGUUGAAAGGUCUACAGCACCCAAACAUCGUGAGGUUUUAUGACUUCUGGGAAUCCUGUGCAAAAGGCAAAAGAUGCAUCGUGCUGGUUACCGAGCUGAUGACCUCUGGAACGCUGAAGACGUAUCUGAAGAGGUUUAAAGUGAUGAAACCUAAAGUCCUGCGGAGUUGGUGUCGGCAAAUCCUGAAGGGUCUUCUUUUCUUACACACAAGAACUCCUCCAAUAAUUCACAGAGACUUGAAAUGUGAUAAUAUUUUUAUUACUGGACCAACUGGAUCUGUGAAAAUAGGAGACUUGGGUCUGGCAACACUCAAAAGAGCUUCAUUUGCCAAAAGUGUCAUAGGUACACCAGAAUUCAUGGCCCCAGAAAUGUACGAGGAACACUAUGAUGAAUCUGUGGAUGUCUACGCGUUUGGAAUGUGCAUGCUGGAAAUGGCUACCUCAGAAUACCCUUACUCAGAAUGCCAGAAUGCUGCUCAAAUCUACCGAAAAGUAACCUGUGGUAUAAAGCCAGCAAGCUUUGAGAAAGUUACUGAUCCUGAAAUUAAGGAGAUAAUUGGGGAGUGCAUCUGCAAAAACAAAGAAGAAAGAUAUGAAAUUAAAGAUUUAUUAAGCCAUGCCUUUUUUGCUGAAGAUACUGGGGUAAGAGUGGAACUUGCAGAAGAAGACCAUGGUAGGAAAUCCUCUAUUGCCUUAAGACUCUGGGUAGAAGAUCCUAAGAAACUGAAAGGAAAACCCAAAGAUAAUGGAGCCAUUGAGUUUACUUUUGAUCUGGAGAAGGAAACUCCUGAUGAUGUUGCACAAGAAAUGAUUGACUCGGGCUUUUUCCACGAGAACGAUCUCAAGAUUGUGGCCAAGUCCAUCCGUGACCGAGUGGCGCUGAUCCUCUGGAGGAGGGAGCGCAUCUGGCCCAGGAUGCAGUCGGAGGAACGCCGUGACUCGGAAUGCCUGGACAAGCUGAAGGCACCGCAGGCACAGCAGGUCCAGGUCACCUACCUGUCACACACGGGCCACCACAUCCUGUCGGAGCCCGAGGAGCCGGAGGCAGACCAGCACCCCUUGCAGCAGAACCUGCCUGCCAGCGUCACCUCUGUCGCCUCUGACAGCACGUUUGACAGUGGCCAGGGCUCCACAGUUUAUUCGGACUCACAGAGCAGCCAGCAAAGUGUCGUCUACUCAUCCCUGCCAGACUCUGUCCCUCCUGCCAUCCAGAGGGUAUACAGCCCCCCCCUGAGCGAGGGCCAGCCUGUGCCCCACAGCCUCCCCCAGCUCGGCCACUACCAGCAGCCCUCAGCACCCGUCCUGCCCGCAGUGCCAGUCACGCCCGCCGUGGUGCCCCAGCACUACCAGGAGCCGGCGAUGCCAUUCCCCGUGGUCCCCAGCACCGUGGCCUCACUCCCACUGGGGCAGCCGCCGCCGCCCGUGCUGGCUGGCCAGCAGCAGCAGCAGCCCAUCUCGCAGGCAGCCUCCCUGCAGCAGGUGCUCAGCAGCCAGCCCGUGUGCCCACUGCCGCCAGCCCCCCACCUGCUGCCGCCGUUCCCAGCACAGGGCUCGCAGAUGCCCGCCAGCAGCACCCCCCUGAAGCCCCUGCAGAUCUCCACCGUGCCACAGCUCCCACCUGUGGCCCCUUCCCAGAUUCCUCAGUUUCCUGUCAUUCCUGCAAUUACUCCUCUGGCAGGGCUUGACAGCCUUCCUCCAAACCUGUCUGACAUCCCUGGUGCAAAUGUGCCCCCCCUUCCUGCUCCCUCCCAGUACUUUGCUCCAGCCGUGAUUCUGCCCAGCCUGCCCAUGAACCCCACGCUGCCCAUGGCACCCAACUCCCCUGCGCUGCCCAUGCAGGCCGUCAACCUGCCUCACACCACCGUGGCUUCUCUGGUCCUGCCCUGCCAGCCCAUGGUGCCAAACAUGCCGGCAGCCACCAUCCCGCUGCUGGCUGUGGCGCCGCCGGGGGUGCCGCCGCUGCCGCCACAGCCCGUGUUCCAGCCUGCCUUCCAGCCGCUGCUGCCCAGCGACACGCCCUCGCCCCACCACGCACAGAGCUCCCAGGCCGUGACCCAGGCACAGCCACCUCCUCCAGCCCUGCAGCCGAGCGUGAUCCACCCUCCCGAGCCGGCUCAUCAGCCCAUGCCUGGACACACUCAGUUUGCUCUGGAAGCUGGAGCCCAGGUGCCUGUGCUGCCAGUGCAGCCCUCCAUGGUCAUGUCACCGCCGUUGCAGCUGCAGCCGGAGCUGGUGCCGCCCCGCGUCGCUGCCGAAGGCAUUGCCCAGGUCCAUGGCAGCCUUGCCACGGCUGCCCCGCCCGCCCCCAUAGAACCUGGCCUGCCUCUCCGGCCCUCUGCUCUGCUGCAGCUCCAGCCUGAUCUUUCCCAGCCACUGGGCCAGCAGCUCCCAGCUUCCUGCUCAGCUGUCGUGGCAGGCACAGAGACAUCUCAAGAGGAUCUGGCAAUACAGGACAAACUCCAAGCUCUGUCCCAGAGUUGCGAAAGCUACAUGAGUCCAGAUGUUGCUUCUGGCAGAGAGAUGAGUGACAGCUUGGAAGGAGCAACAGGAAGUGGAAAGCAAGAAGGAAAAUCUUCAAAGAAGCAUAAGAAAUCCACACGUGCUCGUUCGCGCCAGGAGAAGUCCAACAGACCCAAACUGACCAUAUUAAAUGUGUGUAACACAGGGGAUAAGAUGGUGGAGUGCCAGCUUGAAACCCAUAACCACAAAAUGGUGACGUUCAAAUUUGACUUGGAUGGUGACGCGCCGGAGGAAAUUGCUACUUACAUGGUGGAGAAUGAAUUCAUCUUGCAAAGUGAAAAAGAGACUUUUAUUGAGCAAAUGAAGGAUAUCAUUGAUAAAGCAGAAGAUAUGCUCAGUGAGGAUACAGAAGGAGAGCGAAGUUCUGACCAGGGAACAAGUCCCCAACAAGAUGCAGAUAGGCUGGAAGUAAGCGAGGAGAAGCGUCAGUCUCAAAUGAAGACACCUGUGUAUCAGCAAAAUGUUUUGCAUACUGGAAAAAGGUGGUUUAUUAUAUGUCCAGUGGUGGAAAACCCUACUACAGAUGCCCCCGAGUUUUCUCCCCCAGUGCCUCCCAGUGCCCAGCAGACAGAAGGGCCAGACCCAGAGCAGUCAGAUGACCAGCCGGUGAGCUCUGCGGUGACAGAGGCACCUGGGCUUGGGGCUGACCAGCAGCUUCCCCUGCACACAGGGGUCAGUGACAGCCCCCUUGGAGCCGCCCCGUCCUUGGCACUAGCUCCUGCUGUAGCAGCUCCUGCCAGCAUAGCAAGCCAGCCAGAGUUCCCAGCCCCAGCCCUGCUGGCGUCUGCCCCGAGUAUCGUGGAACCUGCGGUGGCCAGAGGAGGUCAGCCGACGUUCCCCCAGCCCGGCCCCCAGGCCCCCCGAGAAGCGGGGCUGGAGGAGCCCCCCGAGGCCCCGGCCCCACAGCUGCAGCCGCAGGCAGAUGAGCCGGUGUGCGUGCCCGACGUGGAGAUCGCCUGCUGCAGCGUGGGGCCGCCCGCGGCCGCGCCGGCAGCUCCGGGGCCGCUGCCUGCGCCUCCAGAUGCCGCGGUGCUGGAGCGGCAGCCGGCGCCGCAGGGGCCGCACCUGCCGGAGGGCGGCCAGCCCAGUGCGGGGCCCUUCGGCAGCCAGCCCUUCCCCGCGGCCGCCGGCCCCGACGCCCUGGCCUUGGCGGGAUCCCAGCUCCAGAGCCCUACGCAGGUGCCGCUGGCCACAUCUCAGCAGCUGCCGAUGGCGCAGGGUGGCUCGGGGGUGGCCGGGUCAGGGGUCAGCCUGCUCCAGCAGCAGAACCCCCCUGGCACCGCCGAGUCUGAUGGCGAGGGCCCCCCCAGGGUGGACUUCGUGGACAACACAAUUAAAAGCCUUGAUGAGAAGCUGCGCAAUUUGCUGUACCAGGAAUAUGUUCCGACUUCUUCGGCAUCAGCGGGGACGCCGGACACCUCUGUGCCACCUGAGCAGGGCGACAGUGAAUUUACCUUAUCCCCUUUUCCUGAAGAACAAGCUUCUGCCGCAGCGUUGGAUGGGAGAGAACCAGGCUGUAGCAUCCCUGACACCGGCCAGGAGGUGAAAGCUGCUGCUGAGCCGCUGGUGCCCCUCGUGCCCUCGGAGGCCUUGCCUUGCCUACCGCUGUUGAACAAGCCAGAAGUCACUGGUGUGAGCGCUCAUCCCUCACAGGAAAGAGGUCCAGCCACAAGCAUCGCUCCAGCUCCUGCUGUUCCAGCAAAAGGCCUCCUUCAGGUUGCACCUUCAUCAUCAGGCACAGCUCCACAGAUGGAGACUUUCCAGAGGAGCGAGGAGGCAGAGAGGAUGGCUUCGCCCGCACACGCAGAGAGCGUAAUGCGGCGAGUGACAGCAGAUGGGGCAAUGAGUAACUUCCACAGGGAUGGUUCUCCGGGCUCUGGUUCCUAUGGAAAACAGGUUGAGGCUCAGGAGAGCGGCAUGCCGGCCAAAACCAUUGGCAGGUUUUCAGUCAUCAGCACGCAGGACGAAUUAACUUUAGCAGCACCGCAAUGCUUGAGGUUCUCAGCCCCCCCAGACGUGUACCUGGACGAGCUGCCCUCCAGCCCGGACAUGAAGGCUGCUGUCCGCAGGCUCCAGACGGCCUCGUCCGUGGACGUCCUGUGCGAGCAGGCCUCGAGCGAUUCCGCCGACGAGCCCUUCCCGCGGCAGCUGGCAGCUGCUGCAGCUGCACAGCUCUCCCCCCCCAGCAGCAGCACAGCCACAGACUUAAUCAAAAAAGCAGCUGCUUUUCUGCAGAGGUCUGCCAGAGGUGGCUCCCCUGGCCCAGAGUCACCCAACGGGCAAGGUGCGAAGAUUCCUACCAUCAACAUCACGUCCUUCCACUCACAGUCGUCCUACAUGAGCAGUGACAAUGACUCAGAGUUUGAAGAUGCUGAUAUGAAGAAAGAGUUGCAGAACCUAAGAGAAAAGCAUAUGAAAGAGAUUGCUGAGCUGCAGACACAGCAGAAGAAUGAGAUAGAGGCACUGUAUAUUCGCCUGGGGAAACCCCUUCCUCCCAACCUGGGCUUCCUUCAUUCUGCCCCUCCGAGCGGCCGGCGCCGAAGAACCAGCAAAAACAAAUUGAAAGCCGGAAAGCUCUUAAACCCUCUGGUCCAGCAGCUCAGGAGUGGAACAUCAAGCACAAGUAACCUUUCAGACUCUAAAGGUUCGCCCCUCAAAGAAAGCAGUAACUCGCAGCCGGGCUUCCCCGAAGCCACCACGGUGCCUCCCAGCACAGCGCCUGCCCUGGGCAAGGCUGUGCAGACCCAGCAGCCCUGCUCUGUCAAAGCCUCUCUGUCCUCCGACAUCUGCUCCGGUCUGGGCCCCGACGCAGCUGACGCCAGCACAGGCUCUGGCCAAGGAUCCUCGACCAACAGCCUGGUGACGUGUCCUGAGCCCCUCCCGCAGUCGACGCCGCAGGUUCAGGCCAACAACAGUAACAACAAGAAAGGGACGUUCACAGAUGACCUGCACAAGCUGGUGGACCAGUGGACGAGCAAAACUGUUGGAGCUGCACAGACAAAACCUUCUUUAAACCAACUGAAGCAGAACCAAAAAAGGCAAGACAUGGAGCCAAAGGCUAACCCCAUGCAAACGCAGAAUGAGACAUGUGGAGUAAGUUCGGUAAGGACAGGACUGGGGAGCAAGUGCCCCGUUCCAGUGGCUUGCCCCAUGCCCACAGGAUUAGCUCCUGGAGCUGCGCCAUCUCUGCCAGUGCCCGUGCCAGGCCCUGCCCUGGCCGGCGCGGUGACACCGUACGUGAUGCCUCUCUGUCAGUACGGAGCCGUGUUCCCUUCGCCUGUGUAUGGAGUGCCGUGGCCGGGGCCGGUGGUGCAGCCCGGGCUGGUCCGAGGGCCUGGCAUCGUGCGCUUCUCGCCGCUGGGCCGGACCUGCCUGCGCAUGUACCCGGUGCCGCUGCAGCGCCCAGCCCGGCCCGCCAGCCCGCGGCUGCGCAUGACCUAGCGAGGGACCCUGCCACGGGAACCCUGCCAUGGGGACUCUGCCAUGGUGACCCUCCCGCUGGGACUAUCCCAUGGAGACCUUGCCAUGGGUGACCCUGUCAGUGGGCGUCCUUGCCGUGGGUGGCCCUGCCCUGGGUCCCGGUGGCUUUGAUGCCGUCACAUUGGAGUGUUUGCUCUGUACAUGCCAUGGUCUGUGUGGGAUGAGGCGGGGCCCUGGAAACAGCCAUACCCUGCAUAAGCAAUCACUGUGAGGCAGCAUCACCACAGAUCAUUUGUUGUCAAGGCAAUACCUGCUUCUGUCCCAUUGCUGAAGACACUUUAUUAUGUGUUCUGUUUCACACUUAUGAUCCUUAACAUCAUUGUACUUGAAUUGAUAAUUAGCAAAUUGUACUAACCCUGCAGGAGUUCAGUGCCUUGAAUCUCAGCUUUCCAGUCCCAGCUGGAAAGAGAUGUACAAUUAUUUGAAAGGUGUAUUUUAUUUACAAUCUUCUUGUGAGUUGGAGGUCUUUUUAUUUCAAAGAUACUGCAGGUUUACAAUUGAUGCUCCUCAUCAGCUUCAUUCUGCUGUAAAUGCUUUGUUUUUAUUAACGGGUUGAAUUCUGAAGCUUUUAGAAAUAAGAAUUGUGAGGUGAGGUUUGUUUGACAUGCUUGUUCGAUGCACUGAUCGUAAAAUUGUUGGUGUUUGUACAAGGAGUAGUGAAGUGUACAUUGUAAUGUAGGAGCAUUUACAGAGUGAUCUAAGGAAGGUGGAUACAAGGACAGGGGAACAGCUUCAGGCAGUGCUCUCCAUUCUCCUUCCCAGCCUGUGGUAAAGUCGCUGUAGAUGACGACUUAAUUCUGUAACAGGCAGCAAAUGCUGUUUUCCUCUGGAUCAGCAGCACACUGGAUUUCGUUUUCUUUCCCAAUGUUGUGGGCUUUUAUAAUUUAGUUAACUCAGAAGCUUAUGCAUGUUCUAUAAGUGAAGACAAGUAAUGGAGCUGUUGAUUCUAGCAGACCGUUUCUGCAGGUGGCUGUGAGUCCCGUGUGAGCAGAGCACAUGUUCAGGUUCUGCUCCAGCCACUGCACUUGAGGGCGAUGUCUGCUCCUUGGUGUGCCAGCUGUGUUCGUGCUACAACAGAAUAAAAAUGUGAAGCUGUUCUUUUUCAUAUCUGACACUUCAGGUUUGGUGUCUCACCACCUUCUGUUUGGAAUUUUUUAUUUAUUUAUUUAUAUAUUUAUCUUUAUUUUUACCCAGUUUGUGCUCCAGGUGGCAUGGACACCUCUCUCCUGUUCGAAAGUUGCUUUUUUCCUAUUUUACUGUGCAUAGAGCCUCCACCUGCACUUAGUGUAAAGGCACAAGGUAACCACUAGAGCUGGUUUGCCAUGGUAAGUCUCCUUCCUUCCCUGAGCACCAUGGGCAGCAUUACAGGCACAGGACCCAGGUGUGGCUGCACCCAAAGGCCCCACAACAACAUUUUGUAGCCCUCUGCUGAGGGGCAGAGAUGUCCUGUGCUGCCAAACUGUGAAUUGUAUAGUUCUAUUGUACUUCAAGCAUUAUACCUGUCUAAAUUACCUUGUUUGUACCCUUUGAAUAUAUUCCAUCAAUUCAGUUAGAAUUGAAUUUUAUAGACAAUUAUGCAGAGUCUUCUGCCUGGGCAAAAUACUUACUGCAGUAAGAGAUUUCUGUUCUCUGUACCAUGUAUCUUUAAUUUGUUUGGGUUUUUUAGAUUUAUGUCAGUAUGCUUCAUGAGCAAACAUGGAAAAUAUGUUCUCACACCGGGUUCCCUUCGGCUCACACUGAAUCCUACAGUUUAUGUUGCUAUUGCCUGUAUAGUCCAUCCCUUGUAUACUGACAAAGUCAGUGGCACUAAAAGCCCCAAGAAAUUGUAUAGAAUAAAAAGAAAAAUAAACAUUUUGUGCUUGAAAAUGGUGUGAAAAACCCAGUGUUUUCCUAAAACAUAGAGCAGUGUCAAUUUCCAGCUGUUCCAGGUAACUCUGUGUUUGUUUUCCAGACUCAUUCUUGUCCCUGGAUUGUGUAGCAGGAGCAGAUGUGGUGCCUGCAGGAGUUGUUGGGUGCUCCCCACAGUAGUGCCCGGGGUGCAUGCUGGCACCUCGGGGCACUGAGCCCUGAGCCCUACCUGGGGCUGGGCUCUGCAGAGCAGAGGGGCUGCAGCCUCAGCUGGUUCCUUUGAGCACAUGGCUCCCUCAGGGCUGCUGGUGCUGCUCAUGAGGAUGCUCGGUUUGGUAGGUGGGAAAGAGGCCCAUGAACUCUCUCCUGAGCUGCAAACACUAGGGAAGCCCUUCCGAAGGAUCCUGGCAUUAUUUCAGUGUGAGGAAGCUCGGUCCUGUUGCCAGCACCCUCUUGGCAGUCACCAUCAUUGAGUGAGGCUGCAGGAGAAAUGAGAGAAGGGCAUGCAGGUGAAACACUCCUGCUUCUGUCUCCAUGAUGUGGCUUUGCUGUCUGUGCUAUGUUGGUUGGGAAGUCUCUGGUCCACGCUGGUGCCCGUCUGCCCCACGGUGGCUGCGUUGCAUGGCUGUGCUCCCAGGAGAGGUGGGGUGGCUGGGGAGCAUGGCAUGGAUGCUGCUUCCAGGGCCUUGCGGGGUGUGCACCACCUGUUGCACUGGGGCCAAGCAGGAGCUCCGAAUGUGUUGCUGGCAUUGUUGUAUUCGUGAUUUUUAAUUUCCUGAUGGCCCUCUUGGCUGCAGCUUUUCUGGCUGUUCACUUCAAGCCAUGUUUUUUUUGCUCUCGGCUGUGAGGAUUGUGUCACAGGAUGCUUUGACCUAGGUGGCAAUUAAGCAAAUGACAUGAGAUUAAAUAAAUGGAGCAACUUCUUGAGCAAAAGGUGAGCCAAGAGUAAGACAGAACUGACGGGUCCAUGCUGCACCUAAAAAGAUCCCCUAGAGAUCCCAGAAUUGAACUCAUUUUAUUCCUGACUGAAUAUUGCUUCAACAUGUAGCAAAUGGGUCAAAAACUGUUGGUAGAAUUCCUGGCAGUGCUGGUUCCAGUCGUGCAUGUCCUGUAGCUCUGCCAUCGCCCAACAUUCCCAGCCAGCACAGUGCUGCGGGGACAUGUGGGACGUAUGCACAGAGGCUCAGCUUCAAAUACCAGGUUUCAAUGAGGGAGUUCACAGAUCCUCUGAUUUUCAGUUGUUCACUAAUAGAAAUUUAAUACAAGUCUUCAAAAAAUGUUUAACCCCCAUAGUCACUCACCCAGUAGUGGGAAAGUUUUGCAGUUUUCAGUUGGAAAGUUAGGAAAGUAGUUGAAGUUUGCCUGUGUGCCUUUUAUUUGGCCUUCUGAUUGCCUUAUGUGGUGAUAGAGUAUCUUAAUGCAUGACCACCACAUCCUGCUUUCCCAAUGCAUUCCCAGCUUGCUUGGAGUAAGACUGGACAUGGAGAGGAGCUGCUGCCAUUGGCACUGCUCAUCUGCCACAGGGAUGCAAAGCUGGGCACUGGAGAUGGUAGGGAGAAACACUGCAGUGGUUUAAGGCU